GGAUCGGGCGACCGCCCAGUCGACUCAAUCUUCUCCGAUUAAAUAAAUUCUGGGAUCUAAAUCUUCUGCAUGCUCUAAAUUCAGAAAAUUUUCGCUUCAAUCUCCUUUAAUUUAUCUUUUUUGAUUGAUUUCUUUUUCUCAAUUCUCUAAUUUAUUUCAAUACCCUAAUUGUUUUCCUUUCUAUGUCAGGCUAAGACUCCCUGGUUUACCGGCCAUGUAGCCCCAUUAGGGGCCGUUUUAUCUACUGUAGUAUCUGUUUCUUCCUUCUAUGGCGAAUCUCAUCUCCCUCCUUUUGCUGGUCGCGUGUUGCUGCAGUUGCACUUGAAGGGGCUUCCCUUUUUACCUUCAAUUUUUUGAGCCACAGUGUAAUCUUUAAGAAUUUUAAUCACCUUAUUCAAAUCGAUAAAUCCAGGGGUUUCUCUAUCUUCUAUCCAGGUUUGAUUUUUAUUUAGUCCCAAUUUAUUCCUGGGGUUGCUCUUAAUUUGGAUCAUGUUCCUUAUUUGCUGCACUCAAUAUCAUUGGCUAAAUAUUCUCCCCGUUCUCUGAUUGUUUAUCGCUGGGACUUUUUAUUCUAUCCAUUUUAGUUUCGUUGAUGUCUAUUUCUUUGUUUGGCCAAAAAUCUCCCUUGUUCACAGAUUGUUCGUUAAAUUGUCUGUGAGUCAUUACCCCUAGUACUUUGUAUUCUCCUUUGUUAGAAUUUCUUCCCAAUCUUGCAUAUACUCAAUUAAGUCUUUUUCAUGCUCCUAUAUGUUUGUUUUAUUGUUUCUGAGAAGUUUUGUUAGUUUUGCUGGCUUUUAUUGCUCUAAUUGAUGUCGACUUCCCCAAGUUUCUCCUCGCUGUGGCAUAACUAUUUUGGUUUUGUGUCGGAUCUCUUAUUUAAGGUCUGGUUUCUUUGUUGUUCUUGUAAAAUAGUUAUCACGCAUUGGUUUUGAAGUAUUUGUGUCGACUUUCCGUGGUUUUAUCCGCUUAACUAUUCUGGGUUACUGUCAGACAGUGUCUCGUCUGGUUUCUUUGUUAUCUUACAAGUAGAAUAGUUUCUCCAGUGGUUUUCUAGCUAAUCUUGGCCAGCAUCACCCAAGUAUCAACUUUUAUUUUAUUCCUAAAUUUAAUCCAUUGCAUCAGUCUCAUAGGGUGGUAACAUAAGGUUUCUUUUGUUUAGUGUCUCUUUAUUCUAAACCAAAUUUAUCGUUUAUUUUGGUCAGAUGAGUUUUUACACUCUCCCAGCAACAAUCUUUGAACAAUGUUUCUUUCUUUUGCCAACCUAUGAUGCAGCUUUUAGUCAUUUUCCAUCUAAAUUAAUUUAUGUCAGUUUCCCCUGAGGUUCUGGUCUCAACAAUGAUGUUGGUUUGUAAAUCGAGUAGAUUCUGUGACAUGUAUUUUUUGAUAGGUAUUUGUGAUAUUCUUUUACCCCGACAGCAUCAUCUCUUGCAGCUUCUCUCUGGCCAGCAAUUUCUAUACUCGCUCGCCGUCUUUUUAACAGAUACUACACAGAUUUAAUGGCUUCCUGAUUGGGGUUACUAUGUCGGUAAACUGUUCUUUUCUUCCCGGUUAUAGUUUAUUUCCAGUUGUUUCUUUUUUGUAAUCAUUUCCUUUCAUAAUUUUUGUAAUCAUUUCCUUUCCUUUCAAUUUUUUUUGGAGCUGUGCACUAGUAAUACUUUUAUAGUUUCUCUCAAGUUCUGUUUACAAUAUUCAUUUUUUUGCCCUUUCUCAGUCCUUUGUGUUCACCUUUCCUCUAUAGUUUUACAGUUCGGUGAGUAGCUUUAAAGAUUUUAUUAGUGAUAAUUCUUACAUUCCAAGGUGAUUUCUUAUUAUGCUUCAACUUAGUUAUCUCUCUUUCAAUUUUAGUCACAGCUAGCCAUUGGUAUCUUUAACAGCUAUUUCCAAUUUCUUUUCAUUUCUUGUUUAUUAUUCUUUUCCUUUGUCCGAGUCUUCUUAUACAGUGCAAUCUUUUCUCUUAGGAACAGUUUCUUUCAGGUUUCUUUCAAUAUGAAACUAUUAUCCUGGAAUGUCCAGGGUAUUGGGACCCCAUUAACAAAGGAUCAUUUUAGUUAUCUAUGCCAGUAUUAUAAGCCCGAUAUCAUUUUUCUAGCCGAGACAAAAGCUCCUUUGUCUCGAAUGGAUUUAUUCUUUAAAAAAUCUCAGUUUCAUGAUUGGUUUAUUGUUCCUUCCGUGGGAAUAGCUAAAGGGCUAGCAAUAACAUGGCACGAUAACAUAGAUAUGAAGUUAAUCUCAUCGAAGUUUAAUGUUUGUCACUUUGACACGAAACUAGGAGAUAAGGAGGUGCUAAUUACAUGUGUUUAUGGUGUUGUCGACGUUGAGGAUAAAAUUGAACAAUGGUCUCACAUUUUAGAUAUAGCGCAACAAGUAAAUAAACCAUGGAUCUUGAUUGGGGAUCUAAAUAUCAUCUUAGAUCCAGAUGAAAAACAAGGUGGAAAUAAAACGAGUUCAAGCAGUAAAUCCUUCAUCCUUCACAUAAUUGAUUCUCUGGGACUACAAGAUGCUGGAUAUGAAGGCGUUCCAUUCACUUGGUCCAACAACAGAAAGGGUGACGCGAAUAUAUGCGAAAGAAUUGACAGAGCUUUGACCUCCUUCCUAUGGACUCAGAUUUUUCCGGACACCAAGAUGAAGAGAAUUUCAUGCACCUAUUUGCGGGUUCGGAGUGGGCUACGUCAGCUUUCCAUGCAGAAGCAAAAUCCUUAUUAAAGGCAGUUACGUGGUUAAAAAAAAAUAUUUUAUCAAGCGUUAUCAUAGUAACUGACUGCAAAGUGUUAGCAGACAAUUUAAACAAGGUAAACACAGAUUUUUCAUGGACAGCGGAAAACACCUUGCAAAAAAUAAGGACAAUCUUGGGCGAUCUACCUCAAGCUAAAGUGAAAUAUAUUAAGAGGAAGAAUAACUCAGCAGCGGACUACAUUGCCAGGGAGGCAAGGAUUAAAAAGCUUCAGCACAUGUCAGAUAACU